AAAAGCCUUGAAGGCCCUGAUGGUCCACCACUGCUAGAAUGAGUCCAAUUUCCAACAGUCAACUCUGUAUGCCUUGUGUCCGGUCUGUCUGGGCCUUAAAAACACUUAAACUCAGUUUCAGUUACAGAUCAAAACAAGAAAAACUACGUUUUCAUCAAUCAGACGAUGUCGUGGAGUUCUGCUCAGCAGUACUGCAGAGAAAACUACAAGGACUUGGCGAUGGUUGAGAACCAGGAAGAAAACACGGAGGCCAAGAACGCUAAACCAUCCAGUGAUUUAGUCUGGAUUGGUCUGUAUCGAGAGCCCUGGACCUGGUCUGAUGGAAGCAAGAGCUCCUUCAGAAACUGGUUACCAAACACUGGCUUAAACAACAUCGAUAAAAACCAACACUGUAUUACUGAGAAUCCCCAGCAUCAAUGGGCUGAUGAGUUCUGUAACAUCCCAUGGGUCUUUGUCUGCCAUCAAGAUUCAAAGAAGAAGACCACUUUGAGGAUGAAAUUCAGCUCUGAUGCUGACCUGACAGACCCAAAAGUCAACGCCCAGAUCCUGCAGCAGGUAGAUUUCUGA